GCUCGCUUUCGAGCUCUCGUUGGAAGAGAAAAAUUUUAGGUGCUCAGUCUUGGUUGCGCGUCGAACUGGUGAACAUUAUAAAAUAACUGAAAGGUCUCCUAACAAAUAAAAAAAUCAAAAAAAAAUUUAGAGGGAGAGAAGCAAACUAUUUGAAAGUGGAAAUUUAAAGAAAAAUUUACACCAAAAGGAGCUCGCUUAUCUGUAUAUAGUUUUAACAUUUCUUUUCCUUCUUAAUUUGUUUUGAUCGCGCGCAAAAUUUUAAGGCAAAGUAGCCUUGCAAAAGUUGAAUUAAAAAAAAAUAAAAUUCCCAUCGAUAAGAAUUGAAAAAGAGAAAUUAUUGAAAUUAAGAAAAAAGUAAAAAAUAUAUUGCAAGCGUUAUUGAAGUUGCCAUGGUGCGUUUUUGUAAAGUUUUUUCCUGAUUGCUUUGAAAUAGAUUCGUGAAUGAGCGUUUAAGACUGUGAAUUGUGCGUGGUAGUAAAAAAGGUUAAAGAUUUCCCAGGAAAAUCAAGAAAAAAAAGGAGAAAAAAGGCGAGGGUAACGAAGCUGUUGUUUGGUGACUAGAUGAGAUGGAAAAAUGUGAAAAUUCAAAGACACUUAAACGGUGGAAGUUCAGUCAACAAACGGAAUAUAGCGCAAUUAUAUAAUAGCAAAUAUGUCGUCAAAUAAUCCUUGAUCCUCAAUCUUUUUCUCUUUUUUUCACCACCAACUUCCUUUUAACUUUUUUUCUUAUCAUUUAUUUUUUGUUGCCUCCCCAUCAAUCCCUAUCCAAGCCUCCCUCCACAUCAUCUAAUCUACAUCUGCCUGCAAAAGACCAUUAUUUAAGGGUCCCUGUUAACUUUUUUUUUAUGGAAUAAACUGCUUUCCGUUUGACCCAUCAGAACUUCAAAAAAUAAGAAAAAAAAAGUUUAAGCAUUAACUCAGAAAAAAAGUCAUUCCUGUCACGAGAUAGAAAGAGAAGUUUCAGAGAGUGGUGAAAAAAAAAGUAAAAAUAGAAGUAGAAGAAGAAAAGGUUUUGUGGCGAGUACAAAGAAGGAAAAAAAUCGAGUUACAAGCACACUCUCACAACCUCAUCAAUAAAAAUAAAACGUAUAAUAAUAAUACAUAAGGUGAAUAUUUCGAAUCGCAAAGGUACACGCAACCAUCAGGCAACAACACACAUCAUGGGACCUCCAAGCAAGCGAAAAGCGACACGAAGUCGUAACUGGAGCACACAUUUGGGCUUCCUGUUUUUUAUCAUGCUUUUCCUCUCACUGUCCAUUCAACGCAUAAGUGUGAAUGCGGACACCGAUGAACAAUCUUCAGAACAAUACGAUCCAUCAUCAACAGCCGCAAUCAAUAUUUCUGUGACGAAUAAUGGAUUGAAUAUUACUGAUAAUUUUAACAAAACAAAUAUAACGGCACCCGUGAAGAAAGAUCCACUCUUUCCUGAAGAUUUGUUCACCCUUGAACAACGUAAAAACGGUGCUGUAGUAUUUCACAUCCUUGGCGUCAUUUACAUGUUUGUCGCACUUGCCAUUGUGUGCGAUGAAUUUUUUGUGCCUUCAUUGGACGUAAUCAUCGAAAAGCUUGACAUCACCGACGAUGUCGCAGGUGCAACGUUUAUGGCAGCUGGCGGUAGUGCACCAGAAUUAUUCACCAGCGUGAUUGGUGUGUUUGUGUCAUUCGACGAUGUCGGUAUCGGUACAAUUGUUGGAUCCGCAGUGUUCAAUAUUUUAUUCGUUAUCGGAAUGUGCGCGAUAUUCUCAAAAACCCUCCUGACGUUGACCUGGUGGCCGCUGUUUCGAGAUUGUACAUUCUACAGUAUUAGUCUCAUAGCGCUUAUAAUUUUUUUUCGUGAUGACAAGAUCGAAGUGCAUGAGGCUACGCUGCUGUUCCUCAUCUACGUUAGCUAUGCCAUAUUCAUGAAGUGGAAUCAGCAAGUAGAGCGUUUCGUCAAGAAACUGGUGUAUAAGAAUAAGGUGACCAGAGUACGAAGCACUGAUCAACUUAUGCCUGCUGGAAAUGCAGCGAAUUCAUCAGAAACAUCGAUGGCAACGCAACCAGGCGGUUCAGUGACAUCACGUGCCGCAUCGGAGAGUCGCUCGGGACCGCCAGGAUCAAGCGGAAGCGCUCCAGGUAAUAGCACAGCACAAACAGCCACAGGACAGAAAUUUCGUCACGGUUUACUGCAACUAAUGAUACAUACUAUUGACCCAUUGCACGAUGGUAAAGUGGAUGAGAAAGCGACUCAACUUCAUGCCAUCGCUUCCCUUAAAGUGCUUUUGGACGCAACAAAACCCCAACGUGGUGCUGCCACAUCGUCGGCUGCGAAUCAUGUAAAAAUAAAUUUGAAAGAAACGACAUUAGGACGACCGAAUGGAAACAUUGAUUCAACUUUAGAUACGGUUCCCGAUGAAGAUGAGCCGGAAGCUCUCAGUAUGGCAUGGCCAUCAGGAACAAAAGACCGCAUCACUUACUUACUCGUAGCUCCAAUCAUCUUUCCAUUAUGGUUAACACUCCCCGACACACGAACGCCUCGAGGAAAGAAAUUCUUCCCCAUAACGUUCAUUGGUUCGAUCGUGUGGAUUGCUGCCUACUCAUAUCUGAUGGUGUGGUGGGCGAAUGUAGCUGGUGAUACUGCGGACAUUUCAGCUGAAGUGAUGGGCCUAACAUUUCUCGCUGCGGGUACCUCAAUUCCAGACUUAAUAACAUCUGUUAUUGUAGCGCGUAAAGGAUUUGGUGAUAUGGCUGUUUCAAGUUCCGUUGGCAGUAAUAUAUUUGAUGUUACCGUAGGAUUACCAGUACCAUGGUUGCUUUAUUGCAUCAUUUACGGAGAACCCGUCAAAGUGACUUCUGCAGGUAUGGUUUGCUCAAUAACCAUAUUAUUCCUGAUGCUACUCUUUGUUAUCAUAUCAAUUGCCUGUUUCCGAUGGAAGAUGAAUAAAGGCUUAGGAUUCGUAAUGUUUCUGUUAUAUUUUGUAUUCGUUGCCAUUUCGUUGGCAUUUCAAUACAACAAACUCGAGUGUCCGCAUUAGAAUAAAGCUCGAAAAAAGUCACUGGAACAAGUCAUCAAACCAUUAUUACAGGAAUGAUUUAAAACUCAUCGUGAGUUUAUGGCGUAACUUACAAAUUUCUGACACGAAGCCUACAAAGCAUUUAUUCGGGGAAUUAACAAAAAAAAACAAGAAUAAUAAAUUUAAAAUUAACAUUUGAAGAAGAACAAAAAAAUAUUUAAAGCACAAUAUGAAGAAAAAGCAGUGAAAUUAUGUGAAAAAAAAGUUUGAAAUUUUUAAGAAAAAGAAUUUUAAUAGAAAGUUUUUUAAAAAGAAUACAAGUGAUUUAAGUUUAGUUAUUUUAAGCGCUCACGGGUUUCAUAAAGUCAAAACAAGAAAUUAAAGUAAACGUAUAGAAACCGAAAAAAGAUGAACAUCACAUAGGGAAUUAAAUAUGAAACCUUCAAUAGAUGAAUGUAAGAAAUUCGAAUUGAAAUUGCUUGAAUUGUAAAGAGAUAAAAAAGAAAAGUUGAUGAAAGAUUUAAUAGAUGCCCACCUACAAACAUCCAUAAGCUCAUUUCCGAGUAAAAAUAUAUGUUGAAGCGCGGACUUUUACCAAUCUUUUCAUAUUUCAACUUCCAUCCCUUAAAAGCUCUUUUUAUUUCCAUAUUUCAAUUCUUUACCGUUCUUCAUUUACAUGUUUUUUUCUACUUCUCGCUUUGACAUAAACAUAAAUAUUUUCUUUUCUCCAUUUUAAAAGCGAAAAUAAAAGAAGAAAACAAUAAAUAUUUCAUAUCAUCUUUGGGUGAAAAUAUUGCAGAAGAAAUCGAAUUAUUUUAAAAGAAAAAUAAAUGAAAAAUUUACGAGGACGAAAGCAACAAUGAUGCACAUUCACCCUUUCAAAGUUUGUCUGGGUUUUAUGAGCUCCUGUGCUAUAUAUUUUAUUUUUUCCCACAAAUUCUACGCCCACACAAGAAAUAAUCAGUAUGAAAGAAAAUAUAACUAAAAUCACACGAAUAGAGUUUCACAUCUCCAUGUAAGAUUGCAAUUUGUGGUUAAGAAAUUGCCUUCGUCUAACUUCGCCCCCUACAUAGUGAAAUAAUUAUAAAGUUUGUAAUUAGUUCGUGGAAGAGUGCUAAGAGGCACUUUCAUCACUGCAGUUACUGCUCGACUGGGAAGCGAAAAUUUUACAACUCCAAAUUUGUGCAUAAAUACAUGGCUUAUAAAACAAGAAAGCUUUUCCCGUGACUAAGGUUAUAAGUCUGAAUCUAAACAAAAAAAAAGAAUGAAAAGCAUAUAAACAUGAAAAGCCGAUAUGGAAAGUAGGGCGAAGCUUCUAAACAAAUAAUUAUCCAUUCGCUAUUUUAACAAAGAUAAAUAAGAAAACCGAAAACAUCACAAAUUUAUAUACGAUAAAUGACGAUGACGAAAAGCAUUAUGACUUGAAAGACAACAAUAUUGAAUGUGAUUUGAUGAAAGAAUGAUAUUGCAAAGAAAACCAUGUAAAAAUAAAAAGAAAUUCUAUGAGAAUACCUUCAACAGAAAAAAAAAACAUAACAAAUUAUCAGAAAUCAUAAUCCCUUUCUCGAUUCUAAAAAAAAAACAAAAAAUGGAAGCAAAUUUAUGAAACAAAUAUAAGAUGAAAUCUCUUUAAAAUAAUUCUAUUAAAAUAAGCAUAAAUUACCAAUUUUUCCAUUCAAAACAAAGUGAAUGAUGAUGAUUAUAAAUCUCUUUAAAAAAUAUAUUCUAGAAACAAUUUUUAUCAUUCGAAAGUAAAGGUUUUUGUCUUUCACAAGCAAGUUUACAUAAGAAUCGCAUAUAGAAAGCAUAUAGAUAUUUAUAGUUUACUUCGAAAGUCUCGAAUUCUAUAAUUCUAGAUAGUGUGUGGCGCACGAAAAAUAAAACUUCUUUCUUCUUUCAUGGGAACGAUUAUGUUGGGCUAUUUGACGAUGGGAUUUGCGUUUCACUUUGCUUCUAGGGGGGACAUAAUAGGAAAUAAAUUAAUCGUUAAGAGAGAAGAAAGGAGAAUAAUGUUGAUAUUAGAGCGUAAAGACAAGCAAGGUUAAUUGAAUAAUUUAAAAAGAAAGAAAUGUUUUCAAGUUCAAUGGCAUUUCUUGCUUACCCUUAUUAAACUAGAUAUGUUGAAAGUUUCGUUAAACGACCCUAACAUUGAUUCUUGAGUUAGGCGAGGAAUACAAAAAGAAAUUGAACUCAUUGAUAGGAAUAAUUUUUCUAUUUCAUAAAAUUUAAAUAUUGAGAAAUAUGUAUCUAUUUAUCUAAAAAAAAUUGAUUCAAAUUCUA